AUGCCCACUCUGUACGGUGGCCCACAAGCCACCAGAGGCAGAGCAAGAGGACGGAGGAGCUUCGCCUCCAGUGAACUUGGGCUGCUGGGGCCAUCUGGGAAGAAUGAGUGCAGCUGCCGGGCUGCUCCACCCAUGGCGGGCAUCAAACUCAGAUACUGGUCGGCAACAGAUGAAGAUGAUUUCCCGGACUGCAGGGAUUGGGAGGAAGACAUUGCCAAAUUCCCUUACGUGGAAUUCACUGGGCAGGACGGCAUCACCUGCCCCACCUGCCAGGGCAUUGGCUAUAUCCCCCCAGACCAAGUUAAUGAACUGGUGGCUCUGAUACCUUAUCACGACCAAAGGUUAAAACCUAGGAGGACGAAAUUCUACGUCUUGGUGUCGGUGCUGCUCUGCCUCCUGGCUUCUGGGCUGGUGGUCUUCUUUCUCUUUCCACAUUCAGUCCACGUGGAGGACGAUGGCGUCCAAGUGGUGAAGGUGUGGUUGGACCAAAAGAACUCCCUCAUUCUCCUCACCAUCACGGUCACCCUCCGAAUCAGAAACUCCAAUUUCUACUCCGUGACGGUAACUAGCUUGAGCAGUCAGGUGCAAUACAUGAAUUCUGUGGUCGGAACACAGCAGAUGGUCAAUGUCACCAGGAUCCAGCCACUGAGCGAGAAGCUGGUGAAUUUCACAGUGAAGUCCAAAAUGGGUGGACCUUCUUAUUAUGCAUACUUCUUUUGCACAUUGUCCAGAAUCAGAGUGCACAACAUUGUAAUUCUCAUGAGGACUUCAGUGAAGAUCUCCUACCUUUGCCAUGUAACUCAAAGUUCUUUGGAGACACACCAUUAUGUAGACUGUGGUGUCAAUUCCACAGCUGCUUCUGGGCCAGAUCCCACACUGCCAACUCCAGAAGACGUAGCCCAAAGUGCUCUAGUCUCCAAGGCAGUGCGGCCCAAAGGCAGGGAGAAGAGCUCUGACGCCAAGAGGCUAGAAGGGGGUACAGGUCUCGUGCAACACCAUUGCCAAUACAUUCAUGAGCUUGUUCAGGUUUUGAAGGACAGAGGGGAGGGGGCCUGGGGACAAGGGGGGAAGGGUGACGUGGCCUGGGUGGGCUUGGGCCUACUGCCCACAAGCUCAGCUCCACUACGUGGGGAGGGGGUGCGCGGAGGGGUUGUCCUGCUCCUGGGCCACCGAAGGAAUGUGUUGCUUCAGCUUUUAGCUGCCUCUCUGAACGGCUUGAAAGGGUCGGGGCGUUUCGAAGAACAAGGAGACAGGGAGAGGCGUCCUGGAGCCUUUGGGAACCAUGUCCCUGUUAACUGGGAAGAGGGCAAAACAGUCCUGGGCCCUGAUCCUUCACGCCAAGCAUGGGGGGUAACGCUGCUGUUGCAGACCCCUGAAGUCAUGAUCCAAGGCUCCUUGGCACGGAACCCAAAUGCCAACAGGGAGUGUGGGUCUCCGUAG